AAGUAGGGAAACUGGUAAUGUUAACAGCAGAAACAACCCCUGAAAUGGAUACUUCUGAGAAAGCUCAAAUGGAAUCUCCUCAAACUCCUCAAACUGAAACGGACAAUCCUAAAGAAGCUAAUCCCACCAAAAAACCUGUUGUCAUAAUAACUCUUGGAAUGGCUGGAUCUGGGAAAACUUGUUUUAUGCAGCGUAUUAAUGCUUGGCUUCAUGCUAAAAACAAGUGCCCAUAUGUCAUGAAUUUAGAUCCAGCAGUUUUUGAACUCCCUUAUCCGGCUAAUAUUGACAUAAGAGACAGUGUUAAAUACAAAGAAGUUAUGAAGCAAUAUCAGCUUGGUCCCAAUGGUGGAAUUAUCACAUGUUUAAACUUGUUUGCCACAAAAUUUGACCAGGUAUUGGAUAUCUUAGAGAAGAAGAAAGACUUAGAUUUUGUUUUGAUAGACACCCCUGGUCAGAUAGAAGUUUUUACUUGGAGUGCCAGCGGAACAAUUAUAUCUGAUGCUAUAGCAAGAAGCUAUCCAACAGUAAUCGCUUUUAUUAUGGAUACUGUAAGGUGUACAAAUCCAGUCACGUUUAUGUCAAAUAUGAUGUAUGCCUGCAGCAUAAUGUACAAAACCAGGCUUCCCCUUAUUGUGGUCAUGAACAAGACAGAUAUUGUUGAUAACAAGUUUGCUGUGGACUGGAUGAACGAUUUUGAGACUUUUCAAGAGGCGUUAGACGCACAGCCAAGUUAUUCUAGUAACCUUUCCCGCUCUAUGAGCUUAGUUCUGGAUGAAUUUUACCAGGAUUUGAGAACAGUAGGAAUAUCAGCAGUGACUGGACAAGGUUGUGCUAACUUUUUCAAAGAAGUCAGCAGCGCUGCGACCGAGUACUAUGAAGACUAUGUUCCUCAUCUUGAAGAAUUAAGGAAGAUUAUCCAGAAGAGGAAAGAAGAUGAGAUGGAGGCCCAGUUGAAGAAACUUAAGGUGGAUCGAGGAGAGGAGAUUAAAUUGGAAGAGGACAUGAUGAACCCAGUUCAGACUACGAACCUACCCCCCUCUUUCUCUAAUUACAACGAUAGCGACGACAACAGCUCUGACGAAGAGGUGCAGUACGAAGGAAGUUCUGCUGCUGAGGCUUCGUUUGAGAGAUACCGGACAGGAACGUCAUGACACGUGACCAUCAGGAGUUUAAUUUUUUUAAACGAUUAAUUUAUUCAACGUGUUUUUAAGACCAGAACCUCUUUUAAUUUUUACUCUUUUGUGAAUUCGUAGCUUUUUUAUGUUAUCAAAAUUCUUUGAAAUUUGGAUCUUUUGGCCUUUUUUCUUGCCAUUUUCGUCAUGAAAAUUAACUUUUAUUCCGCAAGAUUCUUUCAGAGUUAUUUAACUGCCGGCCGGGAAUUUUAUUUGUUAAGUUAUUCAUUGUGAUGAUUCAAAUCAUU